CCAAGUCACCAUGGUCUGCUUGACCAUUUUCCUUUUCUCUUUCCUGUCGAUGGCUAGUGCACAGCGUGAGGAAGAGUAUACCGACUUUUCCGGUGCACACGCAAUGGAUAAGAAACGUGGGAGUAAUGAGGGCUCUGGGAGGUCGUUUGCGCUUGAGCUCAUCAACAACCAGCUCAAAAGCAAUUCGCAUAAGAACGCGCAGGAAAAUCCCAACGCAGGCGGGCAGGACUCGGGGCAAUGGACCAGCAGCAGCUCCAACGUUGGCACCACUUUCGUCCCCAUGGCGCCUCAGAUAGUGACUGAGCUCAUCCCAACAACUACAUAUCCCACCAUCACGUCUACAGCACCAGUUCCUGAGCAGCCUUCCUGGACGAGUACCCCUCUGCCUUCACCUACGACGAGUCUCGCAACAUCGUUCUCGCCCUCUGUAGAAUCUUGGGUCCAGCCGUCACCCAAUCCUCUUCCAAAUGCAAACACAGCUCCUCUAGCACAAUUCUCUUUGUCGUCGCCCGGGCAAUCUACAACAACGACCUCGAUGACACUCGUGAUCACCUCUCCAUAUCCGGUAUCCGCCGCGACAUCCACAGUCACUACAUCUGCCGCCCUCGACCUUUCUGUCCCUACCUCCUCACCAACCCCAGGCUCGGGUGGUCUGAGCACCGCUAGAAAAGCCAGUAUUGGAAUUGGCGUCACAGUCGGCAUUCUGAGCGUAACAGGACUUGUCUUUUUCUUCUUCUGGCGCCGGCGCCGUCUCCAGCAAGCACGACAGCAAAAGAAUCAUACCGACAAGAGCGCUACAUUCGACGAUGAAAACAUUCCAAGCACUCCAUUCUCCCCCACAUAUACCCGCAGAGGGAGGAAAAAUAUCACACAGUCCAUCUCCGCGUUCUCGCCCUUCCUACGGACGCAUUUCACCUCGCUCAUCGCCAAAAUCUCUCCCGAAAAGGAUACGCCUCCAUCUUCUGCCUCUGCACCAGAACCUAGUCCGCCUACGCCCACCAAUGAGAAAGACACAGAGUUUUCCAUCCUUUCCGCUUCCAAAGUCGAAAUCGUGCAUCACGCGCACAAAGGCGAAGGAAGUAUUCGCUCGAUCCGCACCCGCGCUUCUGCUUCUUCUCUGCUGUCUCCAGGCGCCGUCGCGCUGCCUGGCCAGAGUAAGAAUGGUGGUGAUUCACCUUGUUCUUCGUAUCCGCCUUCGCCGCUGCUGAGACCGGUCUCUGCCGGGGCUAUCGUUGGUAGUCAGAGUGCUGGAGGCGUGAAAAUGGUGGAUGUAAAGGCGAGGUUGAAUAUUGCGUUGACCAGUAAUCCAAUUUCGCCUUUGGAAGAGAGAAGCGUGGGUGGAGAGUUAGAUAGGGGGAGGAGUCGGCGGGGAAGAGGCGAGAGUUGGCCUUUGGCCGAUUGAGACUUGGAGUGGGGUCCUUUAUGUAUUUGUAUGUUAUGUUAUUGUCAAGCGAACUGGGAAAUUAGUGAUAUCAGCGAAAGGGCUUUGGAGUUUGUGUUUCUUGGAGCUUAUUCUAGUGGAAAUAUCUGUUAAAAGAAUCAAAUAUGAUCAUGGUAUAGAACAACUAGGUUUUCUACAGUUCGAGUACAGAUCAGAUUAGCGACCUCAUACUGAAGCUCGAGAGCUUAUUUGACACUUCGAAUCAAUCUCAAUACCGCGGCGGCACUUCGAGUUUCACUUCGGCCACAAUUUGAUGGCUGGGAAUGACGCUUCUGUCACUGCCUCCUAGCGUAACACUGACUACUUGCCACGACCCGUCAAGGCCAUAGCUCACCGUACUCCACGGGAAUUCAAAGCUCUGCGUUGCGAAAACGACUGCAGUAAACUGCAACCGAAAAUCAGCGUUACUGCAAGAGUCGAAUUUUGAUGCAUUGUGAUAGUAUCCAAAUGAUGGACAAACACUUCGCCGUGGGAGAGCCUAAUCCUGGACACAGAUAUCAGCACUAGACUAUAUGCCUAAGAAAUGAGAUAGGCCGCUGACAUGCAGUAUGAUAAUUGGUUGAAAGUGGCAUGCGGUGAUUCGGAGUACCCUAGCGAGGUCGACAAUUGGGCCUGAUAAGGCUCUUACAGAUACUCAGCCCAUGUUGUACAAGUGCCAAAUCCAGUCCUAAAAUGUUUCCACCAGCCGUUCCGGAGAAGCACGUUCAGCUCUGACUGGCGAGAUCAUCAAGCCAUGACCAGUUGUCCCGUGUUGGCUACUAUGAACCUAUCACAUAAUCUGCCUUCAGGCUCGUUUUCCCCACUGAUCGUCCACACACCAAUCACUUGC